AGGGGGAGGGUCCAUAUCUGGUACAGCGUGCCAUUUCCGCAAUUAAAACAACAGGGAAAAGUUCAAAGAGGAAGUAAAAGUCAGCUAAAACGCACGCGGAGGUGGGUGUAAACUUCUACCAGCUUUGGUUUUAUACAAGCGAAGCGUUUUGUUUCGGUCACAUGAUGUGGAGUCCGAACGAAAGCGACACGGACGGCGCCGAAAGCGACACCAAAAGAGUCAUAAUUCGUGGGGAAGACCUCGAUAAAACAAAGGCAGAGUGAAGGAAAACAGCAACAUGCUGAAGCUGAAGGAGGGAUUUGACCUGCACAGGGACGUGGUGCUGGAUAUCCUCAGAAAAGAGGCGUCGGUCUGUCGGGUGACAGAGUACUCUGAAGCUGUGGACGCCCGUCUCCUGAACAUCGAGAGCGAUGGGGGCAUCCUUUAUUCCUGGAAGGGAGCUACAGGCACCACCAGGAUUGGCAAAUACGACUCCAACACCAAGCAGAAUAAGCUCUUGUACACCUUCGACAAGCAGGUUUGCGUCAGCAGCUGCUCCCUCAACAAGGAGGAGACCCUGCUAGCUGUCAGCCUGGCUCAAAACGUCAGAGGAGAGGAGCGUCUAAAACCAACUUCAAAGUGUCUCACUCUCCUCAUUGAGAUUCAUCCUAUAAACAACACUAAAGUCCUGAAGGCAGUGGACUGCAGAAUCAAAGUGCAGUUUCUCCUUCAAGACAGCGACAAGAAGUCGGUGCUGGAGAGCCAUCUGCUGCUGUUUGCCGAGGAUGGAUAUGUGGAUCUCUAUCAUGUGCUGCUAAGUAAACAGGAGGGUUACAGAGUGGUGAUGGCCAAUCCCGAGCGUUUGUCCAAAACAGCAGAAAGAAUCGUGGAGGAUUUCUGCUGGGUCCAGUGGGACGGACACACUCAAAGACUCCACUAUCUCACCUUCAAGGACAAGUUUCUGCUGCGAUGCGUUCAGUUCCACCCCAACAAUAACUGUGAAACGGCGCUGGAGCUGCACUUGGAUAUGCCCUCUAAUUCUUUUCCCACAGUCAAGUUCGUGAAUCUUGGUUUUGACCACUAUCACGAGGAAAACGCCAGUCGGGAGCUUGUGAAGAUGAGAGUGUUCACAAACCAAAUAGAAAGAAGCUAUUGUGUGUUCUACAGCAAACCCCUGAAAGACAAAAACGAGCUGAUAUACACGGUGGUUUUGGUUCACAAAGACUGCACCAAGAAGUUCAGAGUGGAUCUGGCCAGCGACGGGUUUUCACAGCAGCACCAGCCUCUCUUCAUCCCCAUAGGUUACUACGUCCUGGUGUAUCUGCAGGGACAUUUCCUCCACUGCAUCAACACCCGGCAACAGGAGAUGCUCUGCUACUCCCUCUUUUUCUCCGGUCAUGAUGUGAACUCAGGGCUGCAGUGUCAGUCAGCUGACAUCUCCGUGCUGCAUGCGGAGGGACGGCCUACCUGUCUGGUGGAGCUCGUCAGCGGGAAGAUCAACGCCGUCGAGCUCAGCUCCGACUUCUUACUGCAGAUACUGCGAUCAGACACCAGGUGGCCCGGCAGUGUGGCUGACCCUCAACGCCUGGCUGCCCUCCACUGCCUGCUGGUUUACAUGGGAAAUGACCCAAAACUGGAGCUGAAGAUUAUGUCGUGGGUGUGUGACAACGUGAACACCAUUGAAUCCUUUGAUCUGAUCCAGGAGUUCAUUUUAGCCUCUUGGUACAGAAUAGGUUAUGACAGAUUUCUUGGCUUGGAUAAAGUCCUGCCUUACUCUUCUAUAUUUGAAAAGAAGGAGGUUCCAGGUUGUCUGUUGGAGGUUCCUGGUGUUCGGUGCACCAAUGGGUUCCACGCUGAACCUGGUUUUAAAGGGAAGGCUAGAGGCCCCUUCAGUUUCUGGUCAGAGCUGCAGUGCAACACGGAGAGGACGAAAAGUCUAGAUGCUUUAAUCAACUCCAGAUACAGAACCUCCCACGUUCAGGACGACUGGAAUAAACUGAAAUCGGAGAAAAAACCCUCCAGUCACAUGAAUCACAUGGAGGAGAACGCAAAGAAAGUUCUUUCCACGGUGGACACCUGGUGUCUCGAGAAGAAGCUGGUGCCACUUUUUCAGGAGGAAGACCAUCAGCAAAGGUUGCUCAUAGGCCUGACGGUUGACAAACUUCGGGAGCACAUCAACAGACACCUGCCUCGACUGGGGAAGAAGAAGAUUGACUCGCUGGUUGUCAAUUAUGUAGCCAAACUGUUGGAGCUCAUCCGUCAGAUGUUGGAGUCCGCCUGGGCCAAAUACAAACUUGGCUCCCGCGUUUUGUGCUUAAUGAAGCGAGGCAGCCCGGCGGAGUGGUCCGUCUUUCACUUCAUGUGUCGGAUCCUGGAGUCCACGCGGGGUCUCUGCCUGCCCCUUCCACCUGGCUAUCACACCCUGUUUGCUGUGUUUGCGAUCCGCUGCCUCCCUCACAACACCUUCCUGCAGUACAUUGAUCACGGUUUUCUGCAGCUCACUGAAACCUUUGUGUCCCGCCUCAUGACAGAUUUGGACAACAGCAAAGCCAAUGAGAGACUGAAGUUCAGCGUAUUGAAGAGACUACCAGAGCUCGUGGAGCAGAGGAUCUACCACAUGUGGGAUCAUCCCGUCAGCUCGGCCUCCAUUUCCAGAGAUUAUGUCCGGGCUCUGCUGGAGAAACAAAACAAAUACAAGGGAAUUGCUGUUACUGGCAGAGAAAAGCCUGGCUUCAGACCUGAGUUCCUGCCUCUUACCUACCUGGCAAACACACUCUCCGAUAUUGAGGCGCAAGCAGCUCCGAACCCAUUCGAGGAGCAGGAGAACGUGGACGCCAGGUUUGUGGAGGAGACGGCUCUGAUGCAGACGCUCAUCCUGCUGGGCUUAGAGAAAAAAUGAGGGCCGGCGAAGGAGAGGGGGAACGGACGAUCAGGGGUCGUCUCCGCCGGGAGGCCUUCAGGACGUGGAGCUGAUGGAUGACUUAGAGUUGAGAUGCAGAGUAAACAAGCUCUUGCUGCUCGAUGACAAAUUAGGGCGGGGACCUAGAGAUGGAGUCUGCUCUUUAGGAAAAAAAUCGAAGCCUUAGAGGCGCGGGGCUGUAUGUGUUAACCAAAAGCUUUGUAAAGGGACCAGGAAAUUCAUCUGGAAACAUCAAAUCAAUAAGUGCAGGCAGCUAACUCAUUGCAGCAACAGUUUCUCCUGGAAGCCACCCAACACCACACUCACCUGUUGAAAAACGCAAAACCACGUCCUCUAACAUCUUCGAUUCAAGUCUGAAAACCCUCUUUGGGUCAAAAUUGACCCGUUUUUUAAGGUCACAAUAUAUGGAUUAAAAGUGUCCAACCAAAACAAAAUCAGGGAGAUUUUCAUGACAAAUCAGGUCUUCAACACAUGGGUUUGUACAAGUGUUGCAGGUUUUUGGGUUGUCGGGUCCAUGAAGACCCGUACACAGGAGUGUUGUCUUGUAGUUCCCUUAAAGCUUGUCCGGCCACCUAAAAGGAUGACAUAAAAAUGGAACUCACAAUUGUCGUGUGUGUGGUAAGUAUUUCAUCAAGUGUUUGUAAAGCUGAUGCACUUAUGACAUACGGGUGACGCUGUUGUAUGGUGUCCUUACGCCGCAUUAGUCAUUAGUACGGCAUGGGUACUGGACCCUCACUGACAGCACCAAUUCUGCACAUACGGGGUUGCACACACUAUCCUCUGAUUGUUGAAUUUCCUAAAUUCCAGUGGUGCAUUCACACCGGACACUACUCAUGUGGCGGAGGUGUCUAGUUUCAUUGUUAAGCCAAUGUACAGAUGCGAUGUGAGGUCUUGGGGUGCGAUGUGGACGUCAGGGACUUGGCUUUGGGGACAUUAUGUUUUCAGUGACUCAAUCAAAGGAUAGAAAAAUACAUCCAAGAUGGACGUUCAAUGGGAGGAUUUUUCAUCCUGAACUUCAAUCUAUUUUCUUAACCUGUUGGGGCUGUGGGAUUGCCGGAAACUGUCUCGUUGACUGCGGGGCAAAGGCGGGAUACACCCUGGACCGCCUGUAACAAAGCCCAUAGAGCUGGAGCGAUCAAGCCCACUAUGCUAGCUAGUCAUAGGGCUGGGUAUCGAUUAUAAUUUCCAGAAACGAUUCGAUUCAAUUCACAAGAGCCUGAAACGAUUCGAUUCCGAUUUUUUUCGAUUCUUUCAAUUCUUCAAUUCAAUUCAUUUAAGUUUACAAAUUUAUACACAUUUGUUUAGAAAUACAUUAAAAAUCUACUAUUUAAUCUGAAUAUAUUAAUAUUAAUCUGAUACAGUUCGCAUAUUGUAAAAUGUAUUAGUAAAAUAAUGAGAUUGUUAUUAUCAUACAGUGAUACAUGGUUUCUCUAAAGGAGAAGUUCUAACAAAAAUGUUCAGAUCAUUAACAUUGUAAACAUUGUUGUGGUUCGGUAAUAGUUUGGCCACUAGGUGACGAUUGCGCUAUAGAAGUACACUAUUCAAG